AUGCAAAUUAAUGUAACGUUAGGGCUGUGUUCGCAUUUCAUAUCGACCUCGAUAAACAGUCCGAGCCGCAUCACCGUCGGAAACUUCCCCGCGCAUGACGUUUUUAUCGAUGAAUGGAAAAUAAAAACGCGCGCCAAGCGGUCGCAACGCGGGCGGGGGCGCCCUCCAAGAACGGCAGUCCGCGCGACUGAUUUGCACCACCCGCCGCCGCGCUCGCGGCCUAGUGAGCGACGGGACGGCGUGUCACGUCGGCCGCGCGUAACGUCGCGGCGUGCUCUUGUCACGGCGCCACCCCCGCGGCGACGUGACCGCGGGUCGAUAUCCGGCCGAGAUGGCCGGCCUACGCCCGCCUGGCCGGCCACUCGCCCACCUCGACGCCUCGGGGCUCGUGUGUUCACCCCGCCCCCCACCGCCCCCCAUUCUCGAUACACCCCCGAUCGCUGCCCACGAGGCGAUCUGCCCGCUCCGUCCGCUACGUGCAUGCGAUAUGCGCAAGGAGGAUCGAACCUUAUAUCCACCGCUAUAGCUCCAGCCAAGCCUAUCCUCGUACAAAGAACGCCUAACGCGCCGCGUAAGUUCGCGAAAUUUCAAUUGAGAACGCGACGGGGCGGCCAUAAAUCGGCCAAGUGCAGCGGCCGCCCGUCCUUGCCCGCCGCCGCCCGCCCUCCCCCUGCCGCCCCCACGCCGCCAGUUCCGAUGCGGGGCAGGGAAAGUUCGCAUUUGCAUAUUGGCCUCUCCGUCACCAACUCCAACUCGGAACUAACUGCGCUCCCGAAAUGCGGAACUUUAAUGUCGAGCUGGAAACGGGACGCGCUCGUGAAAUGGGCACGAAUGUUUGGCCGCUCG